AGGUAUCAGCAUCAUGUGUGUUCAUUGGACUGGGGAUCUUUGCUCUUGCUGUCUUCUGGAUUCGGAAGUGCAGGCAAUCAUCAGGGCUACCAAAACACGAAUACAGCGCCUUGAAAACUGACGGUGAUAAUGAGAAGUUGAGAGCAGAAAGACAAAUACGCAAUGGGGCUUUCAUGAGCUGCAAGCAAAAUCUGGAAGACAACGAGAGAUACGAACUGAAAACGCAGCUGGAAGAUAUAGGAUCGAGGCCUGAAAAACAUUGGUUUAUAGUUCAAGACAACACCCUCGGGGCCGAAAGACUGCUAGCUUUAAUUCCUCUUCCGUCCACGUGUCCGCUGACUCCGUCCCGCUCCACCAGGGACGCCUUGAUCGAGCUGUUCAGGGGGCUGCAGCACCCUUACGUCCACCCCGUGCUCGACGUGGAGUUCUGGAGAGGCGAGGUGGCGGUUAUUAGUCCAGUUAACCCUGCGGGCAGCCUCAAGGACCUCAUCUACGGCGCGUCGUGGUUCGAGGAUUACGAGAAGAAGUACCGGGCCAGAGGGGAGGGGUUGUCCGUGAGAACGAUACAGUGUUUGGGACGGCAGAUCAUAGAAGGACUGAUUUUCCUGAGGAAUAGGUAUUUCCCACCUAUUUAUCAUCUACAUUCUGGCAACGUCAUCAUCCAGAACGGUGUCGCUCGUCUCGCCGGCCUCGAGAACCCUCUGUUGGGCGUGAGCUCCCACGCCUGCGCCCACGCCUGCGUGACUUCCGCCCACGUCUGCCCCGCCCCCGCUGCCCUCGCCUUCGGGCGGCUGCUGUUCGAGAUGGCGACGGGGCGUGAGCCGCCCCCCGGAGCGCCCACGCUUGCCCUCCUGAGGCUCGGGCUGGAACGAGGGGAGCCGCGGGUGGCCGAGGCAUUGGAGUUUAUUUUUCGAGAGGGUGGUGCGCCCUCUUUGGAAGAAUUGGCCAGGUGUGAGCUUUUUCGGGGCGUUGAACUCCGCGAACUGAGAGGAGCCAGUGUGAUUCAGAGUACUUCUACUCCAGAAGUAAUGGAGUUAUUGGAAACCGUCAAAAAUCAUGUACCCCAAUUGCCUUCACGACGUCUACACUAUUCGGAUGAUUUAGAGCCUUGGUUUGCAUGAAUCCGAAAAGAUGUAGUGGUGGUGAUAGAGGACAGGAGAUUAGAAGAUAUCAUAGAAGAAGACAACGAAGACAGUGACUGUAGCAUUGUAGAAUAUUGUAAAGAACGGUAGUAAAAGUAGGUACCUACAUCUCUAGUUUUAGAAAUGGGUCAAUUUUAUACGUGUAUCUUGUAGCGUCUAUAGAACGUAGGUACGUAAUAUUAUGCAGAUGAAUCGUAACUCACUUCUUAUGAUUUUUCAGAGAGAAUUUUGAAAAUUACCUACGUGACAAAAAAAUCAGGACAGCAAAACUUAUUUGAUUGAUUUUUACUAUGAAAGUUGUAGAUACCUAUAGUUCUUGAAGUAUUGUCAAAAAGGAACAAGACAUCAAUUUGAGGGCUGCAACCUAUACCUUUAUUUUCAUGUUGUUGUAGAUACCUU